UUAUUUCUGACGCGUUAACACGGCUUGGAACCGCUGGAAUUCGAAGUCAGGCGCCGAGCAAUUGGACUCCAUGGCAGUCAGUUGGCCAAGAUCGCGCGAGAGGCUUAGACACACAGUCCAGUAACCAGUAACCUAGUAACUAGUGCUUCAGAUCGGUCGCACUAACUGAUCAAGUAAAUAUAGUUAACCGCCCCUGGGAAAUGUGCGAAAUCGCCACCUGACAUCAAGGUAACAUCAGUUCCCAGCAUUCAAGCAAUAUCUGCUCAUAAAGGCCAAGACAAAAAGAAUCGACUGAACCGGAAGAUAAGAUCAUUGAAGCCAAAGAAUCACCAUCGAAUCGAUUGCUUAGCCAGCUAUGUCGGAGGCUGCCACUCCGCCAGGAUCAGUGCCAGGAUCAGUAUUUCCACCUGGUUUUGAUCCCACCGCCGAAUCGGCCGAAAAGACUCUGUGUUUCCGUGGCUUUUGGGCCUGGACCGUACUUCUUCUUCUAAUUGCACUUGGCAUUGCGGUCUUUAUGUGGCUACUGCGCAAGUGCAUCCAAGGUCCGGCCUACCGGCAAGCCAAUCGAAUCGAUGGCAAAGUGGUGAUCGUCACCGGUUGUAAUACGGGCAUUGGCAAGGAGACGGUCUUGGAAUUGGCUAAAAGGGGAGCUCGUAUAUAUAUGGCGUGUCGAGAUCCCGGACGAUGUGAGGCUGCCCGGUUGGAGAUCAUGGAUAGCAGUCGCAACCAACAGCUUUUCAAUCGCACCCUGGAUCUGGGUUCCCUGCAAUCGGUGAGGAACUUUGUGGAACGCUUCAAGGCCGAAGAAUCCCGGCUUGAUCUUCUGAUCAAUAAUGCUGGGGUCAUGGCUUGUCCCAGGACCUUAACAGCCGAUGGUUAUGAGCAGCAAUUUGGCGUCAAUCAUCUGGGACACUUUCUGCUAACAAAUCUUCUUUUGGAUCGAUUGAAACACAGUUCGCCCAGUCGGAUUGUUGUGGUCAGUUCGGCGGCUCAUCUUUUCGGACGGAUUAACCGAGAGGAUUUAAUGAGCGAGAAGAAAUACGGCAAGUUCUUUGGAGCAUACAGUCAGUCAAAACUAGCUAAUAUUCUGUUCACUCGUAAACUGAGCACGAUCCUUAAGGAUACCGGGGUUACAGUGAACUGCUGCCAUCCGGGCGUAGUGCGCACAGAACUCAAUCGUCACUUUGCCGGACCCGGCUGGAUGAAGAGCGUUCUCCAGACAGGGUCCCUGUACUUCUUCAAGUCACCAAAGGCGGGUGCUCAGACCUCCCUGAGAUUAGCACUAGAUCCCAAAUUGGAGGGCUCGACUGGUGGUUACUAUUCGGACUGCAUGCGUUGGCCGUUGGUUCCCUGGGCUCGAAAUAUGGAAACUGCCGACUGGCUAUGGCGGGAAAGUGAAAAACUGGUGGGUCUUCCGCCACUGGAACCACCACCUAGCCAAAGCCCAACCCAAAAUGGUAAUGGUAGCCAAAAUAGUAAUGGUAAUGGAAGUGCCACUCCCGGCUCUCGGGAAAUGCAGUCUGUCGAAACAGUAGUGGUCAACCGUUCGUAGUCGUAGUCAAAGUCCUUGAUAAAAGGUUUCAAUCCAGUACAGUCCUUGCUCUUAAUUUAUUCCUUAUAAUAUUGCGUGUUUAAAUACCCUUGGGAAGACUUCAUGCAAUCGACAGUUGAGUUCGUAGCGAAGCCAAUUUCGUCAGUUAAAGUUUCUGAUUUAAAAAGCAAAAUUAAUAGGCCAGAUUUUCCAUGAAAACUGUUUUUUUUUUUUAAUUUUCUUAAGUUCUCUAAGGGAUUUUUUGAUGACGUCGGUCUUUGUGGUGAUGGUAGCCUGAUUAUAUCUAAGAAAAUGUUGGACGAAUAUAUAAGAAAUAAAUAAAAACGUUUUAUAAUAUGUACUUAAAAGAUAAUUAAUGAUCGACUCAAAGUUCAUAUUCCCAAGGGUAUUUGAGUCUUCGAUCAUCGAAGCCUAGAUUUUCAAACUUAUAUACCUUUUUUUCUUAGUUUUGUUCUGUACAUAAUUUUAAGCGAGAGAAACCCCAUUAAAAUAUCUUUUAAACCUGA